AGGGGAACUAUGGGAAACACUGAUCCAGCACACAUGUUAUGCUCGUGAUAAGUUUAAUCACGUGUGCUGGAAUAGCAAACACUGUAAGAUCUGGAGUAAAGGGGCAGGAUUUGGAGGGAAACACUGGCUAAGGAAACACGUCCGGUGUCCGGCGCGAGCCAACGAGUCCGUGAGAGAGAGAGAGAGAGAGAGAGAGAGAGGGGAGCGCGAGAGCGGAAAGAGAGCAGAGCUGCCGCCCGCCACACGGAGAAGCGCGCGCGCACACGGACGACAGAAGAUCUAUUUGUUUCGUCCAGCGGACCUUAUAUUCGUGUUUGAGGAAUAUACUUUGAAUUUGCGUGGGGAAUUUUCUGUCUGCUUUAAGACUCUGUGGAGAGAAAACAGGACACGUCAGAAGAGAGAGAGAGAGAGAGAGAGAGAGGACGCGGCUGGUGUUCAGAGCGAGCGCGCGCACGAGAUACAGCGGGGAACAGAGAACCUAGAGCAUCAAUGCAUGGAGAGAGCGUGCGUGUCGAUGCUGCGGUGAGCUGCUAGGAGUCGAGGUGUGUGGAGUGUGAGCUCAGGUCAUGGUGCCACAUCACACACGGUCGUCUCGUUUCCACAGCGCGGCCAGCCUGCUGCUGCUGCUCGGACUCGCUGCACAUAUACGGGGAGACAGCAUGCCCAGCUUCAUUAAGUCUCCAGAGGAUCAGACUGGUAUUUCUGGAGGUGUUGCAUCUUUCGUGUGCCAGGCAGUUGGCGAGCCCAAACCACGCAUCACAUGGAUGAAGAAGGGCAAGAAAGUCAGCUCACAGCGCUUUGAGGUGAUUGAAUUUGAUGAUGGCUCGGGGUCAGUGUUAAGGAUCCAGCCCCUGCGGACACACCGAGAUGAGGCAAUCUACGAGUGCACAGCCACAAACAGCAUGGGGGAAAUUAACACCAGUGCCAAGCUCACUGUCCUGGAAGAGGACCAGAUCCCUCAUGGUUUCCCCACCAUAGACAUGGGUCCUCAGCUGAAGGUGGUGGAGAGGACCCGCACAGCCACCAUUCUGUGUGCAGCAAGUGGGAACCCCGACCCCGAAAUCUUCUGGUUCAAAGACUUUCUCCCUGUCGACAUCAAUGGCAGCAAUGGACGAAUCAAACAGCUGCGCUCAGGUGCACUGCAGAUAGAGAAUAGCGAGGAAUCAGAUCAGGGAAAAUACGAGUGUGUGGCGACGAACAGCGCCGGGACAAGAUACUCCGCUCCAGCUAAUCUCUAUGUCAGAGUCAGGCGAGUUCCUCCACGCUUCUCUAUUCCCCCCACCAAUCAUGAGGUGAUGCCCGGUGGCAGCAUCAACCUCACGUGCGUCGCUGUCGGUGCCCCAAUGCCUUUUGUCAAGUGGAUGAGGGGUGAAACGGAGCUGACCAAAGAAGAAGAGAUGCCUAUUGGCCGCAACGUGUUGGAGCUCAACAACAUCCGCCAGUCAGCCAACUACACCUGUGUGGCUAUGUCCUCGUUGGGCAUGAUCGAGACAACUGCGCAGAUCAUCGUCAAAGCCCUCCCUCGCUCGCCCAUCUCUCUAAUGGUGACUGAAACCACAGCAACCAGCGUGACUCUGACGUGGGAUUCUGGAAACCCAGAGCCGGUCUCAUACUAUGUCAUCCAGUACCGUGCCAAACACUCUGACAGUGGCGGUUUCCAGGAAGUGGACGGUGUGGCAUCGACACGCUACAGCAUCGGUGGUUUGAGUCCAUUCUCACCAUAUGAGUUUCGUGUCAUGGCUGUUAACAACGUGGGGCGUGGUCUGCCCAGCACAUCCGUGGAAACACGAACUGGCGAGCAGGCACCAUCGUCUCCUCCGCUGAGGGUACGGGCCAGGAUGCUGAGCUCAAGCACAGCGCUGGUGCAGUGGGAGCCACCUGAGGAGCCAAAUGGCCUGAUCAGGGGCUACAGAGUAUAUUACACACAAGACGUACACUCGUAUGCGCCACUCAGUGCCUGGUACAAGCACAACACGGCUGACGCAGCACAGCUGGCCACCAUCUCAAACCUGGUACCUGGCACUACCUACAGCCUGCGUGUGCUGGCAUUCACAGCUGUAGGAGACGGACCACCAUCCCACACACUGCAGAUUAAAACACUGCAGGGAGUUCCAGCCCAGCCAAGUGAAUUCGAGGCAGAGGCCGAGCUCGACACUCGGAUCAUGCUGCGUUGGCUUUGGCCUGUUCAGGACCAAAUCAUUAAAUAUGAGCUUACCUACUGGGAAGCUGACUCUGGACACAAGAACCAUGUGAUCUUUGACCCAGCUGGUUCAUACGCUGUGGAAGGCCUGAAGCCUGACACUCUGUAUAAAUUCACACUGGCUGCGCGCUCUGGAAUGGGUCUAGGCUUGUACACACAGCCGAUUGAGGCUCGCACGGCCCAGUCCACACCAUCCGCCCCUCCUCAGGACGUGCACCUGCUCAGCCUCUCUUCUACCAGCAUCAAGGUGAGUUGGGUGGCGCCUCCUGUUGCCAGUCGCCAUGGUAACAUUGUGCGCUACUCCCUGGCCUAUCAGGCGCCCUCAGGGGAGGAUCAAGAGCGCCACGAGGUGAUGGACAUCGCUGCCGAUGCCACCAGCUAUGUACUUGAGGGACUGGAGAAAUGGACACUGUACCAUGUGUGGGUUAAAGCCCAUACCGACGUCGGGCCGGGCCCUGAAAGCAGCAGCACCUGGAUCCGGACCCAAGAGGAUGUGCCUGGAGCUCCUCCACGCAGGGUGGAGGUGGACGCAGUGAACUCUACAGCACUCCAUGUGUCCUGGAAAGCUCCGCUGGCGCAGAAGCAGCAUGGAGAAGUCCGCGGUUAUCAGGUGGUAUACUCACGUGUGGAGGACGGAGAACCUCAAGGACAGCCCACUAUUCUGGACAUAGCACUGCCCGAUGCUCAGGAGGCCUUCAUCACGGGUUUGCAGGCAGAGACAUCAUACUCAGUUACCGUGGCAGCGUACACAACUAAAGGUGAUGGGGCUCGGAGUAAAGCCAAGGUGGUGACCACUACAGGGGCAGUGCCAGGUAAGCCCACUAUGAUCAUCAGCACUACAGUGGGUAACACAGCUCUGAUCCAGUGGCAGCCUCCAAAAGAGACAUUCGGUGAGCUGUUGGGCUUCAGACUACAGUAUAAACGCCAGGAUGACAAUGAUAAUGAUGACAAAGAUGACAAUGACGAAGGCUCGUUCAUGACACGGCACUUCAUGCGUACCGAUGACCACUUCACCGUCACCGGGCUGCUCAAGGGUUCCACUUAUAGCUUCAGACUGAGUGCCAAGAACCGAGCCGGCCACGGAGAGGAGCACGUUAAAGAGGUCACGACCCCUGAGGACACACCUAGUGGUUACCCGCAAAACCUAAGUGUUGUGGGAUUGAGCUCCACCUCAACAACUCUGGCAUGGGCACCACCAACACUGGUGCAGAGAAACGGCAAAAUCGUGCGCUAUGAUAUUGUGUACCGUGACAUCAACAGUAUAAAGAAUCAAACCAACAGUACAACAGAGACACGGAUGAGCAUCAGCGGCCUGAAACCCGACACUACCUAUGACAUCAGAGUGAGAGCCUUCACCAGGAAAGGACCGGGACCUUUCAGCCCCAGCAUUCAGAGCAGGACCAUGGCCACAUCUGUGCCUGAAUUUGCCAAAAACUUUGGGGUGAAAGCAGCAACAAAGACCUCAGUACUGCUCACAUGGGAGGUGCCCGAAACCUACAAGCCUCAAGUGCCUUUUAAGAUCCUGUAUAACCAGCAGAGCGUGGAGGUGCAGGGCGAUCUGCGGAGGAAACUGAUCACCCGUCUUCAGCCCGACACUGAGUACUCAUUCGUGCUGAUGAACAGAGGCAGCAGCGCCGGAGGACUGCAGCAGCAAGUGUCCAUCCGCACAGCCCCGGACUUGCUCGACACAAAGCCCAGCCGCUCGGCCCACGAGUCUGCUGUGGGUGGAAGAGUCACACUAACCUUGCCCGCAGUGACCGCCAGCACCUCUGCACAUGUCAGGUGGUACUACAUAGUGGUGGUGCCCAUGAGUCAAGCUACAUUGCGCCACUGGGAAAGUCCAGAAGACAUCGACCUGGAUGAGUUGUUAGAGGCUGGUGGAGAUUCAACUGUGAUGAAGAGGAAGAGGAGGCAGAGUGACGACUCUCUGAAGCCAUACAUCGCUGCGAGGAUGCACACACUGCCGGAGAGCUUCACACUCGGAGACGAGCGGCACUACAGCGGCUUCUACAACAGAGCACUGCUCACUCAAACUCAUUACCGUACCUUCAUCAUGGCUGCUCUCCGGGAUCACGACUCUAAAACAUUCGCUACAAGCCCGUUCUCUGACCCCAUCAUAGUACAGGUGCACAUGUCGCGACAUGCAGAAGAUCCCGAGAUGCUUUGGGUGAUGGGGCCGGUGCUGGCUGUCGUCCUCAUCAUCAUUAUCGUCAUCACCAUCCUGCUUUUCAAGAGGAAGCGAGCAUCUCCCUCAGUGAAGGAUGAACACACAGCUGGAGUAAAGGACCAUCUGCUGGCCCACUCGUCUGAUCCCGUAGAGAUGCGGAGACUAAACUACCAAACCCAGGGUUCCAGUGACCCAAGUUGUCCAGACACUCCAAGGAUGAGAGAGCACCCGCCCAUCUCCGUCUGUGACCUGGCCGAACACAUCGAGCGGCUCAAAGCCAAUGACAACCUCCGCUUCUCUCAGGAAUACGAGUCAAUUGAUCCUGGGCAGCAGUUCACCUGGGAACACUCAAACCUCGAAGUGAACAAGCCAAAAAACCGCUAUGCUAAUGUCAUCGCCUACGAUCACUCCAGAGUUGUCCUGUCACCCAUCGAUGCUAUACCAGGGAGUGACUACAUUAACGCAAAUUACAUAGAUGGAUACAGGAAGCAGAAUGCCUACAUCGCUACACAGGGCCCCCUGCCAGAGACUGUCAGUGAUUUCUGGAGGAUGCUGUGGGAGCAGAGGAGCAGCACUAUCAUCAUGAUGACCCGACUGGAGGAAAAGUCGAGAGUGAAGUGUGACCAGUACUGGCCGAGUCGGGGGACAGAGACGUACGGCAUGAUUCAGGUGACGCUGCUGGACACAGUGGAGCUUGCCACGUACAGCGUCAGAACCUUUACAAUGUACAAGAGUGGCUCCAGUGAAAAGAGGGAGGUGAGGCAGUUCCAGUUCAUGGUGUGGCCAGAUCAUGGCGUGCCUGAGUAUCCUACUCCUAUCCUGGCCUUCAUGCGCCGAGUCAAAACUUGUAACCCACCAGAUGCUGGACCAAUGGUGGUGCACUGCAGUGCGGGCGUGGGCCGGACGGGUUGCUUCAUCGUGAUUGACGCCAUGCUGGAGCGCAUGAAGCACGAGCAAGCAGUGGACGUGUAUGGUCAUGUGACCCUGAUGCGCUCUCAGAGGAACUACAUGGUCCAAACAGAGGAUCAGUACGUUUUCAUCCACGAUGCGUUGCUGGAGGCAGCCGUCUCUGCACACACCGAGGUCCCUGCACGCAGCCUUUACUCACACCUCCAGAAACUCACAAACACACCUCCAGGGGAGACUGUCACUGCCAUGGAGCUGGAGUUCAAGAAACUGGCCAACUCCAAAGCACACACUUCCCGGUUCAUCAGCGCCAACCUGCCGUGCAACAAGUUCAAAAAUAGGCUCGUCAACAUCAUGCCAUACGAGUCCAGCCGAGUGUGUCUACAGCCCAUCAGAGGAGUGGAGGGAUCCGACUACAUCAAUGCCAGCUUCAUCGACGGAUAUAGGCAGCAGAAGGCGUACAUAGCGACACAGGGUCCUCUGGCCGAGACCACAGAGGACUUCUGGAGAAUGCUUUGGGAGCACAACUCCACCAUCGUAGUCAUGCUGACCAAACUCCGAGAGAUGGGAAGGGAGAAGUGCCAUCAGUACUGGCCAGCUGAGCGUUCUGCACGUUAUCAGUACUUUGUGGUGGACCCCAUGGCUGAAUACAACAUGCCACAGUACAUCCUGCGAGAGUUCAAAGUCACUGACGCCAGGGAUGGCCAGUCCAGGACCAUCCGGCAGUUCCAGUUCACUGAUUGGCCAGAGCAGGGUGUGCCAAAGACGGGGGAGGGGUUUAUCGACUUUAUUGGCCAGGUGCACAAAACCAAGGAGCAGUUUGGCCAGGACGGACCAAUUACUGUUCACUGCAGUGCCGGCGUGGGUCGUACAGGAGUGUUCAUCACUCUGAGUAUCGUUCUGGAGAGGAUGAGAUAUGAGGGAGUGGUGGAUCUGUUCCAAACCAUCAAAACACUGCGCACUCAGAGGCCAGCCAUGGUACAGACCGAGGACCAGUAUCAGCUGUGCUACCGAGCAGCUCUUGAGUACCUGGGCAGCUUUGAUCACUAUGCAACAUAAGCGCUUAUCUGAAAACCUCCGGAAAGCCCUGAAACACCCCUCAGGAGAGCAGGCAGACCAUUCUGAGCUACAACACACACUCCACCGAUUCAGUUUAGGGGGUCAUAGAGAGUGAGAGAGAAAAAGAGAGAGAGAAAAAGAGAGAGAGAGAGGAGUGAGAGAGAAGAGAAAGUAUAGGAAAAUAUGAAUGGUAAGCAGGGUGCUUACAACUCCUUCUAGUCCUGCAUCAAUUCCUCUUUCCGAACACAAAAGUGCCGCUCUGGUGUCAAUAUUACUAUAAAUCAUGUUAUAGCGUAAUAAUAUCUCUGAAUCCUGCUGAGACUGAAAAUCUUACUAAUUUUACUUUUAAUCAUUGUUGUCAUAUUAAUCAUCAUUACCAUUAUUAUUAUUAUUAUUAUUAUUGUUAUUAAUAAUAAUAAUUAUUAUUAUUAUGACCGUACAAUAUACAACAAAAAAUAUGUAAUUGUUGUCAUUUAUACUGGUAUCUGUAAUGGGUCUAUUUUUAUUCCUUUUUUUAUCCUUUUUAUUUUUUAUAUACAUAUUUUAAAAUAAUCAUUUAUUAUUUGAUGUUAUUGUUAUCACCAUAUGGUCUUCUAUGUUUAGUACGCGGACGUGUAUUUUAACACGACCGGAAUACACUGAGCUGCUGAUCAUUUCUUUGUUAAUAUCAUAAUGUUGAGUUUAAUGAGACUGCGAUUAAACAGCGGAGGAGAGGAAGAACUUCUGUACACCUUUUCAACUUCUGGCACCUUUUUCGAACCAGUUAUUCACAGUUGUUCAAUAUGAUAUUAAAUGAUGUGAAUCCAGAGUCAGUGAACAGUGAUACAUGAGAUCUGGGAAUGAAACAGUGUAUAAACUGCGGGUUUGCAGGGAGCUAGGCCAAAACGGAUCAGACGUGUACCGUUCUAUUCCUUAAAGGUCGGGUCAGCGAUUUUUUAAAGUCAAAACACGUUUUGUAAUAUUUGUCGAAGCCCUUCUCACAUCCAAGCAGCUGCCUAUAAAAUACUUUGAAGGGAAUACUUUAGCAGAUGGGUUGUAUUUGUUUGAAUUUUAAGUUUCACAACAGGUAGAGCUAGCUCGCUGUUAAAGAUCCAUUCACACAAAGUUGUGGCCAACAGAGCAGAAAUGAAAUCCAAAAUCCAAAACAUAUAGGCAGGCAAAAAGUUCAAAGCACAACUGGUCAUUAACAUAAAUAUUCAAAGCAAUGGCUCAAACAUGAUACAAGCAAGCAGAACAAACAAGGCUCUGAACUUGCACAGUUGUACAGAAAGGCAAGAAUUCGCAAUGAGUAAAUGUCCAUGAACUUUUUAUAUACGUAUGCUAAAACCAGUAAUCCGGGAGCGACUGUUAGAGGUCACUCUAGUAUUCCAAUGAGCACAAAACCUCCACUGGGUAGGGAAUGUCCUUGUUUCCCUAACUUCUCCAAAAAUCGACGACUAUACCUUUAAAACCUUUACAGUUAAAAAAUAUCCAAGAUAACAAUGAGGCUUCUGAACAGAGCAUCAUAAUUGAGAUGAUGUUUCUAGCCAUGUGUAGGUCUAACAUGAUGUCUUCACUACAUACAGAGCCAUACACACACACACACACACACACACACACACACACACACACACACACACCGAAUGCAGUCAUACAAAACAAAAAAGUACAGCACAAUUAAUACACCACAUAAUAAACAAGAUAUUUUCAGAAAGACAUGACGCUAUGUUCCGUAUGUCUUAGAGUGUGCAAAAUAUUAGCAGGGUAAUACAAUGUUUCAUACUGUGCUGUUAUCAGGAUCAUUUCAAGGUCGAUUAUAAGACACCGCAUGGAACAGUCGGCUGAAUCUACUGAUCCUGAAGUCCCUACACAUGGUAUUUUCACAUACCGUAAUCAUCAUGUGAUCAUAUGUCACUGUUGCUCAGAAGGACAAUAUCACAAGAAGAAUAACCGGCUAGAGAAACUCGAGCGCUUCCCUUCUCUGAAGUCUAAAAGUGAGGUGGAUUUAAACACACUGGACCACUCAACGUUUGCUUCGAGAUGUGAGAGGCUUCGUUCGAGCCGUUGGACAUGCCGUUUUUUUUCUAUUUGUUAAUAAACCAGAAGAGAAAGAGAGGAAAUAUGUUCCAAAUACCUUGAUGUUAAUAAAGUUGAAUAAUUGGGUUUUGUA